UUUUACCCCCUCUCUCCCCACCAGAUGACUGUCAGUGCACAUUUCCCAUUGGCAAGAGGGAGUGAGAAGUAAACAGAGGAGAGCGUCAGGGAGGGAAGAGUGUGCGAGAGAGAGGAGUGAGUGUGUUACACAGUGGGAACAGGGUGAGAGUUUACCAGCGCGCACUGCAUGGCGAGGAGGAGAGAUCGCUUGUAAGCAGGUUCAAAAGUGGACUGUGGAUGAACGCACUGAUUGAAACAAUUGUUCACUAAUGGACUGUAAGAGAGCGCGUGAGAGGUAAAAAUCUGUGCCAGCGUGAAGGAAAACGGACACUGGAAAAGACGCUGAUGCAUAGGGGAAAGUUACCAACUAUGGAGGAGCAUUUUUAACUAAUAGUUUACAGACUAUUCAGAGACAAUUCCUUACAAGUGGAUGAUUUUAUAGACGAACAUCAGCGCUUGUUCGUCCGGUGAUAUUCCGGUGCCGCCGCGGAGGACUGUACCCAGCUCGGUCACAUAUCAGGCAGAGCGAGUAAAUCCUUCCACAUCACAGAACAAGCAGCCAGAGCUACUACAAUGACGGCUUUAUACCUCAUCUUUUGCCUUAUGGUCACAGCAGCCACCCAAGCAGCCUACUUCUCCCAGCAGCCCCAGGACCAGGUGGUCGUAUCUGGUCAGUCGGUGACUCUGCCUUGUGUCAUAGUGGGAUAUCGGGGAAUGGUACAAUGGACAAAAGAUGGACUGGCUCUGGGUGGAGAGAGAGAUCUACCAGGCUGGAUGCGCUAUUCCUUAAUGGGCGACCCGCUAUCAGGCGAGCACAGCUUGCUGAUCGAUUCGGCAGAGUUGGUGGAUGACGCGGUGUACGAGUGUCAGGCUACACAGGCAGGACUGCGCUCCCACCGAGCCAAGCUCACUGUACUAGUUCCUCCUUCAGACCCAGUGGUGGAGGGCGGCCCUGUUGUUCGUCUUAAGGCCCACACACCGCACAACCUUACCUGCAAAGCCUCAGGAGCCAAACCUGCUGCUGAGAUCACCUGGUACAGAGAUGGAGAGGUCAUGGAGUCUGCGAUUUAUUCUAAGAUACCAAUGGAGGAUGGAAAGAGGGAGGCUGCUGUUAGUAUGCUUCCAAUUGUCCCAGAGGACAGCGACUCAGGGCGCACCUACACCUGCAGGGUCCUUAACCCUGCUGCCCCUGCUGGACGACAGACAUCGGUCACAAUCAGUGUCCAGCACCCUCCUUCAGUGACUCUAUCAGUACAGCCUCAGACUGUGGCCGAGGGAGCUAAGGUUCUCUUCAUCUGCUCUGCUUCAGCCAACCCUGAAAUCACCGGAUACAGGUGGUCGAAAGGAGGAGUUCCCAUCUCUGAAGCAAACGGGGACAGCCUUGAGGUGACGGUGGACUACUCCUAUUUCACAGACCCGGUCUCCUGUGAGGUGUCCAACUCGGUUGGCAGCACCAAUGUCAGCACCCUAGUCGACGUCCAAUUUGGCCCCAGACUGCUGUCUGAGCCGAAGCCAAUGACAGUGGAUAUUGGAAUGGAUGCAGCCUUUACUUGUGCCUGGACUGGAAACCCUCCUCUGACCCUGGCCUGGACAAAGCAUGGCUCCAGUGUGGUGCUCAGUAAUGGUAACACCUUGCAGCUGAAGGCUGUUACCCAGGAGGACGCCGGAACUUACACCUGCAAGGCUAUUGUACCUCGGAUUGGAGUGGCAGAAAGAGAUGUCACUCUGACUGUAAAUGGCCCUCCUAUCAUCACAGCGGACGCCACACAGCACGCCGUUAAGCACUCCAAGGGCAAGCUGGAAUGUCGGGUGGGCAGCAGUCCCCCACCUGAUAAAAUUGUGUGGACCUUUGGCGACAUGAGCCUAUCCUCUGGUUCCUCUGGCCGUUACUCAGUGCAGACAGUAACCAGCGACCACAGCGUCGUGUCUUCUCUGGUGCUGUCCGAGACACUGGCUCAGGAUUUCCAGCUGCGCUACAACUGCACUGCUUGGAACCGCUUCGGCACUGGCACAGCACUGGUCACACUGAAGGAACAAGAAGCCCUGCCUUUGCUGAUAAUUGUUGGUGGAGCCGUAGGUGGAGGCUGUGUCCUGCUUAUCUGUGUCAUCACUCUGGUCUCCCUGUGCUGCAGGCACACUGGCAAAGGUGAGCUCAACGGCAAAAGGUGCACCCGUCUCUCCAAGAGUGACAUCAGAGUUCAGAUUGUUCACAGCGAUCACAACGCUACACGUGGCAACGAUGAUGAAGAGGAUGUCAAAGAGCCCAUGGCUCCGAACAGCAGUGAGUCUCCUGGGACGUCACGCACAGAACACAGUGACCUCCUGGAAGAGGAGGAGGAUGAGAGAUCGGACAUCAAGGACCCCACCAAUGGCUACUACAAUGUCCGAGGCCACGAGGACCGCCACAUCCGUAGUAGUGGAUUUUCUGAAUACGUACCCAAUUCACGGCCAGUCUACACCCCAUCCCAGCUGCCCUCCCCAAGCCCCAUUUAUGGUCAGCACGGCACUCAGCCUCGAGUCUAUGACUUCAACCACCGAUAUGCCACAACCACAGCGGGCAGAACCGCAUACGAACAGCAGCAAGCAGCCCAGCAGCAGCCUGCCCAACCGGCCGGCAUCUAUCCCACUGAUCCCAACUACAGUGGCUCUGCCUACCUGCCUGCCACCUACGGUCGCGCCUUCACCAGCUAUGUUAAGCCCUCCUCCUACGAGAAAGUGGAUGCAUACGACCAAUCAGAUCAGGCAAGCAAGGUGUCCAGCUCGUCUCGCUUCUCUUAUGCCUCCUCACAAGUGUCCUCGCAGCAGUCUGACUAUGGACGGCCCUCACAGCGGAUGCAGACGCAUGUCUGAUUGGACAAAAAUGGAUAAAGAAAAGUGCAGGAACAGUGAGUAGAUAGCCAUUGUCAGCUUCACAUAUAUGUGGCUGGACUAACAUGAACAGAGACUUUCUUCGCUUGGAUGGUCCUUAAAGGACACAUUGGAAAGUAUGAAGAGGAAAUCAUGAGAUUUGGGUUAUGGAUUUACCAUCCUUCGUUUGUUGUGAUGGUUCGUGGGAUCUAUGCUAAUGCUAACUGUGGAGCUCCUGAGCUGGAGAGUUCAGCAGAUUGUGAUGUUCAAGUCAAACUAAUGAUUACAGUGUGAUACCUCUUGUAGGUUAUCUCUACAUAAUGACCACCCAAACCUGUGGAGAUACUCUGUCCAUUUGAGGGCCAAUGAGAAAAUUCAAAGGAAUCUCCUGAAUUUGGGUGGCCAAAAUGAUUGGGGUAGCUGUUUACCUGCCUUCCAGAGUUUACUUUGUGUCAAUGCUAAACGCUAAAAAUUUUUGAAGGAACAAAUGACAAGCAAGACAUAAUUUAGUAAAAAAAAACAGCCUAUUGUUGUCUGUCAUUUGGUGUUUUGUUGGCAUGCGAAGGAAUUCUAAGCACAUUUGUGUCUCUUUCAUCAACAUAAGACCGAGCUAUCCACAGAGACAGACGAAUUUUUCUGCACAACAGGCUAGCUCUACUGACCAACAAGUGCUACAGGCACUGUAUUAUAAGAAGAGUCUAAUCAGCGAAGGAAUACUUCUGGCCUGACCUGUAUUCCUGGAGCUUCUUCUGAUUAUAAGCCUAACACAUUGGACUUAGAAGUGUUGCUUACCAGUGGAGAAAAAAGAGAUAUGGAGAGAAUGUGUGUUUUAACCUUCAUUUGUAAUGGAGGUCUUUAUGUUAACUGUGUUGUACCAAGAUGGACAAGGCGAGGCCAUGUCAACCCAAAGAUGGUGGUAAUUUUAAAGGGUGAAAAACAGGGGCUGAUGUUGAAAACUACCGUCAAACCCCUGGUACUGUUUUCUGCUGUGAUCUCUGAUUGUAAAAUGAAAAGUAGGCUAUAACCAGAACAAUCAAAAAGUGGUGGUAUGGAAAGGUGGCAAUCUUGAAGUAAAAAUAAACUUGAAUACGGCAUCAAAGUCAGCAAGGGAGAGAUGUUUUAAACAGUCCUUAUGUGGGCCAUCCACUCAAGUUUUACAACUCAAUCAAAUAGUCUCAAUAUGUUUACAAGAAACAGUACUACCCUGAAACACUAAGUAUCUGUACAAAUGGCUGAGCCCAUACCUUCUCUCUGUUGCAUGCAAAUGAUGUGUCUAGUGAAACUCUUCAGCGUUUAUACUCAUGUCCAUUUCAUGUUGGAGACAUUCAUUUCAACACCUGGCCCGGUCACAUUCCAAUACCUGGAUGUUUCAGUAUGGAGGCCUGUACUGCCAUUUGUCUACAAAGCUGUUCCCAGGCAGCCUGAUGAGAGAACAAAUGUCACUUAAAGUGAGGAGGCAAACAUCAUCGCUUGACUUUAUUUUUAUAUUUUAUAUAAGCCUUAAUGUACAGCGUGUAAGCUGCUCUAUUGUAAAGUAUCUUUAUAUACAUAUGUAUCUAUCUUGGUUGACUUAUUUUUGGUCCACAAAUUUUCUUCUCUGAGUUGUUCAUCAAUCAUUGAAUGCAGUUACUAUGCUUUUUUUUGAAACACAACUAAUUGCCAUUUGUUUGUUUAUUCUUUUAAUAAUGUAUUAAGAAUUUUAUUUGCUAAAAAUGAGCUAUCGUUGCUUGUACCUUUGUACACAUAUUUAUAUUUAAAUAAAACCAUUUCCGAUAAA